AUGGCUCCACGUGCACCCCCUCGCGGCAUCUACGCGCCCGUCGUGGCUUUCUUUCAUGAAGACGAGACUUUGGACCUCGAGGCCCUCAAGACUCAUGUCGAGCGGCUCGCAAAGUCAGGCGUGGCCGGCCUGGUUAUCCAGGGAUCCAACGGGGAGGCACCGCAUCUGCUCCAUUCGGAGAGACAGCAGGUCAUCACGACGGCGACCGAAGUGCUGAAGCAGUAUGGCAAUCCAGACGCCGUCAUCAUCGCCGGCUGCGGCGCGCAGAGCACGCGUGAAACAAUCCAGCUUUGCAGCGAAGCCAAGGAGUCGGGAGCGGAUUACGCUCUUGUCCUGUCGCCGAGUUACUGGACCGGUGCGAUGCAAAAACCUGUAAUCCAAAAGUUCUUCGACGAUGUAGCAACGGCAUCGCCCAUACCCAUCCUUCUGUACAACUUUCCUGCCGUGACGUCCGGUAUCGACCUCGACUCGGACCUCAUCGCCGCGCUGGCGGCGUCCAACCCCAAGAUCGUGGGUUGUAAGCUGACGUGCGGCAACCUGGGCAAGCUGCACCGCGUGGCGCACGACGAUAAGAUCCCGAAGCCGUUCGCCGCGUUCGCGGGCAAGUCGGACUUCUUCCUGCACGGCCUCGUGGCCGGCUCCAACGGCGUCAUUGCAGCCGCGGCCAACUUCACGCCCAAGGUGCACGUCAAGCUGCUGCAGCUGUACGACGAGGGCAAGCUCAAGGAGGCACAAGAGCUGCAGACGAAGCUGAGCCAAGCGGAUUGGGUGCUGGUGCAAUUGGGCGUUGCUGGAUUGAAGGCUGCUUUGGACAGGUAUUUCGGAUAUGGAGGAGGCAGAAGCAGACGACCGCUGGGUUUGGUUGCCAGUGCAAAGUUUGAGGGAGAGAAGGAUGCGGUGCUCAAGAGCCUGGUGGAUUUGGAGAGUUCGCUGUAA